CACGCGCCGUCAUCCCCGCAUACAGGAAGCAGGCUGCAGUCAGGUUGCCCUACUGCAAAAUAAGUGUGUUUUUAAUCAGGAGUCCAGCUGUAAGAUGGGGAUAGAAGCUUGGUACAUGGACAGCUUGGAAGAGGAUCAGAGAAAGCCGCAUAGACUGAACCCAAAUCAGCCCGUUUCUGAGGAUGAUUUAAAAAAGCUCGGGGUGUUUCAUUGGAAGCUGAAUGCUGAUAUCUAUGAAUCAGAUCCAGAACUUGAGCAGAUCCGUAAAGACCAAGGCUACUCCUAUAUGGACAUUAUCACUAUUCACAAGGACACACUACCUAACUAUGAGGAGAAGCUGAAGAUGUUUUUUGAAGAGCACCUGCACUUGGAUGAUGAGAUCCGCUACAUCCUUGACGGCCAGGCCUACUUUGAUGUCAGGGACAAGGAGGACCGAUGGAUCCGAAUUGACAUGGGCAAGGGAGACCUGAUAACCCUGCCGGCCGGCAUCUACCAUCGUUUCACCCUGACAGAGACCAACUACACUAAAGCCAUGAGGCUGUUUGUGGGAGAGCCGGUGUGGAAAGCUUACAACCGGCCCGCUGAUGACUUUGACAUCCGUCAGAAGUACGUGGUUUCUCUGCAGGGAUCCUGAGAGUGAGCUGCAGCACACUAAAUACUUUCAAUGUCACUUGCACAGUUAGAUUUUGAUUCUACUGACAAAACAUGAGCAGAUAAUAAAAUCAGAUAAUUAACUACCCAUUUAAGUUUAUAAAGUUGUUAAAAUUAGUUUCACAUCAACCAGAUACAGUUAAAUGUUGUUUCCAGGUUAAUGCAUCAGGAAUAAUGAAAUAAAUAGAUACCCCAUUUUCAAAGGGGUCAUUCUGUAUGGGUACUUAUAGCAGGACUUUGACUAAGAAUGGAUCGUCACUUCCUUCUGUUUAGGUUCAGAAUAUUUCUUUCACCACAGGAUAAUCUGUAGUGCCUUAUUCUCAUAAAUUGGUUGUAUUGUGUUAGGUGCUAUCAAACUUACCCUCAACAGCAUGUUAUAAAGAAUGCCACUAAUAAGUAGUAUUUUCAAAUUUCCUGUUCAGAUCUCUCUGAAUCAAAAGUGAGAGAUGUUACUUGACCAGUCUGUACUAAUGGGGUGGAGAGUCUCUGACUGAUGGCUAUUAUUACCAUUACCUUUUCUGGUUUAUGGAAAAUAAAGUUGCUGCUAUUUCCGUC